UUUGUGUAUAUAAGCAUUUAAAGUAUAAGUCAAUGCAAACAAUUCGGGUCAUUUUACAGUUUUUACAGUAACAAUGAAGGGAAUACGGAGUUGUUGAAAAUCUGUUACAAAGAUGACGUUUAUUAAAGAAGAAAGUGAAGACAUGAAGAUUGAAGAAGUAUUCAGUGUGAAACAAGAAGAUACUGAGGAACAAACAGACCUGAUGAUGCUAAAAGAGGAGAAUGAGGUACUGAAUGAAAUGGAAGACAAAGAUUGGUAUAAGAAACCACAUCGCGGCCUUAAAGUCCACAUAAGAAUUCAUAAUGGAGAGAGCCCUUACACCUGUCAACAGUGUGGAAAAGGUUUUCGUAAAAACGCAACCCUUAAAGCCCACAUGAGAAUUCACAAUGGAGAGAAGCCUUUCAGCUGCCAACAGUGUGGAAGAAGUUUCACUCAAAAAGGAACCCUCAGCAGGCACAUGAGAAUUCACACCGGAGAGAAGCCUUACUCCUGCAAACUGUGCGAAAAAAGCUUUACAGCAGAAGUAAACCUUAAGUAUCACAUGAACAGUCACACAGGAGUUAAGCCGUUCCAAUGUGAACAAUGUGGAAAGUUUUUAAAACGUAAGAAAACUCUUACUUCCCACAUGAUAAUGCACUCCAAAGAGAACUGUUUUACAUGUCAUCAGUGUGGUGUGACUUUCCGGGACAUAAAACACCUUAACAGACACAUUAUAAUUCACUCAGAGGAAAAGAGUUUCAAAUGUCAAGAGUGUGAUAAGAAAUUUCGUUUUAAAGUAAGUCUUAAGUCUCACAUGAGAAUUCACACUGGAGAAAAACCUUACACCUGCCAUCACUGUGGAAAGAGUUUCAGACAUAGCGUAAGCCUCAAGACUCACAUGAGACUUCACACUGGAGAGAAGCCUUUCACAUGCCCUCAGUGCGGAAAUAGUUUCAAAUAUAAAGCAACCUUUAACGCUCAUAUGAGAGGUCACACUGGAGAGUGCCCUUACACAUGUAAACUGUGCGGGAAGAGCUUCUCACAAAAAGGAAAUCUUAAGACUCACAUGAGAGUUCACACUGGAGAGAAGCCGUUCAUAUGUGUUCAGUGUGGAAAAUCUCUCACAAGAAAAGAAAGCCUUAAUUAUCACAUGAGAAUUCAUUUCAGAGAGAGUGGUUUUAAAUGUCUUGAGUGUGGAAAGUGUUUCCCAGAUAAUAAAAACCUCAAGAGGCAUGUAAUAAUUCACUCCAGAGAGAAGCCUUUCACCUGCCAUCACUGUGGAAAGAGUUGUAGAUUUAAAGGAAACCUUAAAACUCACAUGAAAAUUCACACGGGAGAAAAACCUUUCAUUUGUCCUCAGUGUGGAAAAGGUUUCACAUUUAAAGGAAACCUUGAAGUUCACAUGAGAGUACACACUAGAGAGAGGCCUUUUAAAUGUGUUCAGUGCAAGAGGAGUUACACGUAUCAAAAAGACCUGAACCGUCAUUUGCAAACUCAUUCUGAAAAGAAAUUGCAGUGUUCUGAUUGUGGUAAGCAGUUUAGAAAAAGGAGCAAUUUGAAAAAUCACCACUGCGUUCACUCUAAAGGAAGGAUUUUUAAUUGUAAUCAUUGUGAUAAAAAUUUUAUUUUGCUCGCACACUUGCAGAUACAUCUGAAAAUUCAUGCAGAUGUAAGACGUUAUUUGUGUUCUGUGUGUGGGAAGAGAUUUAAAUGGCACGGCAGUUUAAAAUGUCACCAGAAGAUGCGUGUCUGUGUGAAAUCAAGGCUACGUUCACAUCGUGAACAAACAUGAUUUAUUUGGUGAGGCUGUACACUUAAUAUUUUAAAUGUGGCCCUUUUCAGACAAUCAUCUGAAAAGUUGAAGCUUUUUAUUUUUAUUUUACAUGUACUUAUGAAUGCCUGUGGCCACGCCUGACCAUAUUUAGUUCAGAUUCCAUUCCAAGGGGUCAUAUGAUGCUGCUACAAAGAAUAUUAUUUUGUGUAUUUGGUGUUAUACAAUGUGUUUAUGUGGUUUAAGGUUCAAAAAACAUUAUUUUCCACAUACUGUACAUUAUUGUUGCUCCUCUA